CAAAUACCUGACAUGACAUCCCUAUCCUAUCGACCAAGAGCGACAGUGAGUGACAGUAUCGUUAGUACCUAUCCAACAACCAAGAGCGAGACGAGAGCGAGUGACACCGCUUAUUUCGGUUGCAAAUGGCCGUCAAGGCCGUCGCCGGGAAGACCGCUGCUGCUCAGCCCAAGAGCGUGGGGCGGCGGCUGUGGCGCCUGGCGCGCACCGUUGUCUACCUUCUGCGCCGCGGCGCGCUGUCGUCCGGGCGUAAGCUCGCCAUGGACCUCCACCGCAGCAGGGACGCCAGCAAGGCCCUCGGCGGCUUCGUCAACUUCCACCGCCACGCCGCGGCUUGCUCUCGCUCCUCCUCUGUCGUCGCAGCGAAGCGCCGUGACGACGAAACCGUCGGCUAUUACCACAGCUACGACGCGGCCGACAUCGCCAGGGUGUUCGAGAUGCUCAACGGCAGCGAGCACCUCUUCGACGACGAGGACGGGGGGCCCGCGGCGGCGACGCCAUCUCCCGCCGCGUGGGCGUCGCCGGCCUUCGGGCGCAGCAGCGCGGCUACGGGCCAGCCGCGCGUCACCGACUCGCCGUUCACGGCGGGCGAGCACCAGCAGGUGGACAGGAAAGCCGACGAGUUCAUCAGGAGGUUCUACCGGCAACUGCGCGCCCAGAAGAGCGUCUCCGCCACGCCGGAAAACCACGGCCACGUCGUCCCAAGGCCGGUCGCCGCUUAAUUUUAGAAUUAUUGCUGGACUGCUUGAGGCGGCCGCCGGUCGCCCGGCAGGGGAGCACAACGUUGCCAUGUCUUCAUCUUUAGAAAACAUAAAUCAUCCACAUCCUCUCUACACGACUAAGGCCUUGUACAAUGAUAGAAGAUUAGGGAAGGUGCUUAAAGAAAUAAACCAGAUUUUUCUUAAGUACCGGUGCUUAUUUGUACAGGAUAGACGCUUAACUAAGCGUCUUUUCUGUAGAAAUUGCCCGGUUUAUUUU